AUGAAAUCAUUAUCGAUUACAUUAUUCACUUCAGUAGCAUUAGCUAUUGGAUCAUUUGAUUUUUCAAAUUCUUCAAGUGUUGCAGUAUUACCUUCAUCAAAAUUUGUAUGGAGUAAUUCUUCAGCUUCAUCAUCAACUCCUGCUAAUUCUAUAAUAAAUGGUGAAUCUAUAGCUACUGGUGAAGCUUCAUUAACUAAUGGUGGUGGUAAAUCUGAUAGUGGUCCUAUUAUUACAACUCCAGGUAGUGGACCAAUUACUACUGGACCUGUUACUACUACUUAUCCUAUUGCUAUUACUUCAUCUAUUCCUUCAGGUUCAAAUGAAGGCUCAGGUUCAAACGGUUCAGGUUCAAAUGGCUCAGGAUCAAAUGGUAAUGGAUCAAAUGGAAAUGGAUCAAAUGGUGGUAAAGGCUCAACUGGUGAAGGGUCAGGUUCAAAUGGUGAAGGAUCAAAUGGUGAAGGAUCAGGUUCAAACGGUAAUGGAUCAAAUGGCGAAGGAUCAGGUUCAGGUUCAAAUGAAUUAUCAACCGAAACAGCUAUCGAAAAAACAACAGUAACAAUCUCAUCAUGUAAAGGAGGUGUUUGUACAGCUGCUUCAACUUUUGUCACUGGAGUAACAACAAUUACUGAAAUCGAUACUACUUAUACAACUUAUUGUCCAUUAACUGCUGCUGGAGAAAGUACUAUUGAAGAAAUAGGUACUACAAUUGUAACUAUAACUUCAUGUCAUGAAGGUAAAUGUUCACCAGUUUCAUCUUACCCAACUGGUAUUAAAACAAUCACCGAAGUUGAUACUACUUAUACAACUUAUUGUCCAUUAACUACUGAACAUAAUGCUGAAGCCGUUGGAACUACAAUUAUUACCAUAACAUCAUGUCAUGAAGGUCAUUGUACUCCAGUUUCUUCAUAUGCUACUGGAUUAACCACAAUAACAGAAGGAGAAACUAUUUAUACCACAUAUUGUCCAUUAACUUCAGAAGAAGCUAUUGCUCAAACUGUUUUAGUUACAUCAACUUACAAUGCAGGUAAUUAUGAACAAGUCACUUAUACUACUGGAUUAACUGUUAUUGAAUCAGAAGGAACUUCUUAUACUACUUAUUGUCCAUUAACUCAAACUACUAACGUAGUUGCUCAAGCUGCUGCAUCAGGUUCUCCAGUUAUUGUUGCUGCUGAAUCUAGUGGUGCUAUUGCCGCUCAAGUUUCAACUUAUGCUGGUGAUGCUUCAUAUAAUAAUGUUGGAUUAGUUUCAAUUUUUGCUGGUGUUUUCACAAUAAUAAGUUUCUUUUUUUAA